GGGGGGCUCACUCUCUCACACUUUGAAAACCCCUGUGCUAGAGCACACAAACAUACACGAAAUGUUGUGGAGAGAGGAAUUGGGCAUAUGAAACGUCGGUUUCAUGUCCUCCAUGGCGAAAUACGCCUCACCCCAGAGAGGGCAAGCACAGUAUUCACUGUAUGUGCCAUUCUACACAACCUCUGCAAGCGGAGGAACAUUCCACAGCCAGACGAUGAUGAUGAUGGUGAUCAACAUGACAAUGAAUUUGGCCGUGUGGAACCGAGUGGACUGGCAUUUAGGGAUCACUUUGAAAACACAUUUUAGGUAAACACCUUGGCACAAAUCAGUCAACACUUGUGUAUAUAAAACACAUCGUAUUGGCUCUUUGACGCCUUUUAUUUGUUGAAUCCAUAUUUAUUAUUGUUUACUGAUUUCUUCCAUAUAUGCUAGAGCACACAAACAUACACAAAAUGUUGUGGAGAGAGGAAUUGGGCAGAUGAAACGUCGGUUUCAUGUCCUCCAUGGCGAAAUACGCCUCACCCCAGAGAGGGCAAGCACAGUAUUCACUGUAUGUGCCAUUCUAUACAACCUCUGCAAGCGGAGGAACAUUCCACAGCCAGACGAUGAUGAUGAUGGUGAUCAACAUGACAAUGAAUUUGGCCGUGUGGAACCGAGUGGACUGGCAUUUAGGGAUCACUUUGAAAACACAUUUUAGGUAAACACCUUGGCACAAAUCAGUCAACACUUGUGUAGUUCAUAACAUUUAUUUUCUUUUAAAUUUUACGUAUUUUUAUUGUUUGCUUUCUCUCUCUCUUGAACGUGCAUGCUACAACGUCAUUAUCGUGGUCUGCAUAAAAUUGUCAUCAUGCGUGUAUUCUGCUAACUGCACUAUAACUACUUAAUAGGAAUUCAUUUCUAGCCUAGGCUAUUUCCUUGUUUUUCGGUGAUUCAGUGGGCUCGUCUGAACAACCAAUCACCGAACUGACCGCUUCUAAACUCGUGCCCGAGAAUUGACGUAAUCCAUAGCAAUGGCGCAUCACUCUUAGUUCACUCUUUGUGAUUUAUCCUUAGUAAGAGUAGGUCUCAGCGGCUUUGUGAAUAACUUUUAAGAAAAAACUGUAAAGUGUUUUAGCGCGAGUUAGGAGCACUCCUAGCGGUAAGAUAAAAUGCUUUGUGAAUACGGCCCCAGAUGUCCUUUCUCCUGCAGGUGCUGGGCUCUGAAAAUAUUGCCUGAGUGCAUCUGGGCCCAGUUUCCCGAAAGCCUCGUUAGCCUAAGUGGAUCGUGAAGUGAAAAAUCCGCACAUUAAUAUAAAUGUAGUUGUCACACAAGCCAUUUUGGAUUUUUGUAAUAUGGAAUUAUUUCAGGGGGGGAAAUGCCGUGAAUAAAUGUAUGCACAGUGCGUUCAGGAUUAGGACUGAUGUAUAUGUCGGCCUAGGCCUAAUCAAUUGUGUUUUAAUAUCUUUAGUAUUCAUAUUAUUGCAAUCUAUUCUUUUCAGAGGCUACUCUGCGGUUGGCCUUGAUGGGGAGAUAUUUUAACCCUUUUUAACCCCAUUUUCCUGCGACAUUCCUGGGUCUUCCCCUGCAUCAUAGCCCGUUUCAGCCCCAUAUCAGUGGACAGGUACAAUCCUAUGAACGUCGUGAGUGCAGCGAAUGUGCGUUCGUGUUCAGAGAAGUUUCGGGAAACGCUCCAAAGAAAUUAAUGAUGGUUCGAAAGAUCCAUCGUGAGAAUGAUCGUACGAGCAAGGAUCCGUCGUUAUCGGGAAAUUGGGCCCUGGCCAAUUAAAAAAACACUGGUCAUUUUACAUUUACAUUCAUGUAGGGUUAUCAGUGAAGUUAUGUUAGCUAGUAAUAUGUAGCUAGCUAGCAAAGUAGGUUAACAGGCACUAGCUAGUGUUAGCCAGUGUUGGGCAAGUUACUUCAAAAGAGUAAUGCAUUAUUUAUUACUUGUUAAUGUCUUUUCAAAGUAAUUAGUUACAUUACAAUAUUAUUGUCUUGGAAUUGUAAGGCAUUACACUACUUUUACAUUGCUUUUGCAUUACUUUCACCAAAAUAAAAGGAAAUAUGGAUUUGGUGUUCUCAAUAGAUCUUCUUGCGUUCAAUGCAGCUCAUUCCACAUCAGGAGGUGAUAUGGUAUGGCAUAAUGACUAAGCUAGGCUUAAGGCUAACAAAAGUACAAUAUAGUGGUCGCAGUUAUGGCUCAUGGUGCAAGACAUUUUAUAAUAUCAAUACUUUAACUUUAGGUAUUCAUAUUGUUGAAAUCAAUAGAGCUAGAGCCUACUACGGUAGAUUUCUGGUUUAUCUAGGAUGAAAUAGAGUGGUUGACACCAACAUUUUGACUGUUGGUCCUGUCUCGGGUAUUUGGCUCAUUUCGAAUCGCCCCUGCCUGCUUCACAAUGGCUGGCUAUGGGUAUUCACAAAACUGUCCUUAAAACAACCAUAAACGUUUGUUUUCAGAAAUGUGCAACUCACCGAGUUGUUAGUGGUGUUCGUUGACGUUCCAAAUCAAGUAUCGUAGCGAAAUACAGUUUCUGUCGUGAUUUAUUUGCCAUUUUGUAAAUCCAUUGAUUUCGGUUGGAUGACUCAUUGCUCCUUGACCGGAAACGUAAAGGCGGUUGUAGUCUUCUCGCUCCGUUCUAGCCCUACUGUUGAUACGGAGAACCGACCGAAAAGACUACACUGGUCUCCGCUGCUGCCGUGAUCUUCUCCUCUAGCAGUAAGAGAGUACGAUUUUUUUGAGAUGAAAUAUUACCUUCUUUUUUUUUGUAAUGCCUUACAUUACCGCAUUACAGCAAAAAGUAAUGCAUUACAGUAAUGCAUUACUUUUGUGCAGUAAUGCAUUACUCCCAACACUGGUGGUAGCUGCCCGAGUGGCAGCAAUAUUAGAUAAUGCACAAUACUAUUUAAUUUGACACUAUAAUGGCUGAGGUCACUUACCUCUAUACUGGGCUUUCUUUUCUUAGUUUUUGCGUUUUCAUCCCUGCGCACGAGAGAGUUUAGACCUCUUCAUUUUGAGAAUCAAUAUUAUGUAUGUAAAGCUUGACAAUUAUGCAGUGUGUAAGCUUUACUUUGACUAUUUCACUAAGUAUACUUAAUAGGUAGUAAAAUAAUUGUGGCUGAUCAUGUUUCAAAAGGUACGGAUAAAAAACGUAAGGGUUAUGAAUGCAUACAGUUGCUUGUUCUCUGUGGCAAAACUACUCUAUCAACUGCAAAGCAGGGCCCCAAAACUAUCCUGCUUAAGGCUCCCAGGUGUACAGGCCCGGCCCGGACUACAUUAUAGACUAUACUAUACUUUACUACAUUAUAGGAGACUAUACUAUACUACACUAAGUAUAGACUAUACUACACUAUAUUUAGUGUUCAGAAUAUACACUAAAUAUAGCUCGCUCUCCUUGCUUAACCGUGAUCUAGCAUCCUGGAUCAAUUGCUCUUACUUGGGUCCCCGGAUGUUAACACUGAAUUUAUAUCAUGCAUUGAAUUUUGCAGCUGAAUUUGGCAUGUUGAAUUUGGGGAUGUUGAAAAUAUUUAAGUUUAAUUUUAUACAUUGAAUUUUGUAUCUGAAUUUUGCAUAUGGACAUUUUUUACUUUGAAUAUUAGAUUUUGCAUUUGUGAACAUUAUAAAAUAAAGUUAGACAAUUUAAAGAGUUCAAUUCAGAGGCAAGAAAAAUCUGAUCCGUUAUUUCAAUGCAUAAAUAUUCAAUGCUUAAAAUUCAAUGGCUUUUAUUUUCAAAAUCUGAUGAGACAGAUAUACUUCCAUAGAUCCGAAAGACGUGAAUCAGAGGCAAAAAAAUCAAAUUUCCUUGACAGUGGUCAAUUUUGCUUAGCCACGGUCAAUUAUCAAAAAAUAAUUGACUGCCAGAAGUUGAGAAGGCCCAUGCAAGUGAACGGAUAUCAAGUAAGCAGACAACUUGCCAGGUUAAUGCCCUCCUCCCAGCCAAUCAGAAUCAAGCAUUCUUAAGCGAAUUAGAAUAAGUAAGGGAUAAUGCCCGACUCUGCUUCGUCCAUUAAUUCCUGAUAAUGGAUACCUCGAAGGGCAUUAUCCCGCUUAUACCAUGGUCACUUGCCAAAGAAAAAGAAAUUAAGACCAUUAAUUUAUAUUUUCAUGCGUUUUACAAUCCAAAUAUAAAGUUUUUCACAAAAAUUCUUUUAGUUUCCCUGGUUACGCCUGAGGGUUAGACUACACCUGGAACAAUUAUAACCCUCCCGUAAGGUUCUUAUGCAACGGAAACGUUGAAAGGGAGAUAUUCUAGUCCGCUCAGCUAUGAGCCAGAGAGCAAAUGUUAUCCAUUGUACAUAUUUAUAAUUCGAAAUUCAUCCCAGCCUUUAUACCACAGAUACUCUAGGGUCUAUAUCGCAUAUAACCGCGUUGUCUGAUUACAGUUUAAUUAAUUUUUCACAAUUUACCAGCUCUCGUUUUGAAGACUAAUCACAGAGUCAUUUGUCUUAAUCAGAAUCGCGACGGUCUAUACUUUCAACAUAAAGUGUACAUAUUUAUAAUUUGAAAAUCGUCCCAGCCUUUAUACCACAGAUACUAUACGGUGUUUAACAUAUUACCGCGUUUUCUGAUUACAGUUUAAUGCAUUUUUUACAAUUGACCAGCUCUCGUUUUGAAGGCUGAACAGACAAUUUGACUGGAACUACUUAGCAGGUGUAUAUAUAUCAGGGAUUAAUGGACACCCUGCAGCCAAUCAGAAUCGAGUAUUCCCCCAGACCAUGGUAUAAAAUACAUUAUAUACUAUCCUAUACUGCACUAUAUACUAUACUAUACUACACUAUAGACUAUACUAUACUACACUAUAGACUAUACUAUACUACACUAAAGACUAUACUAUACUACACUAUAGACUAUACUAUACUGUACUCCAUAUAAACUAUGAACCUCCUAAAGUGGCGCAAUUUGAUUGGUUCGCUUUCUCCGGCUAUUUUGCAAUAUACCAUUGUUACGCCCCCCUGGUGGCUCGGAGUAGGACGCAACAUAAGGGCAACAGGUUUGGGCAAGUGAGGGUGCAGUCACACAAAAUCCAAGACAAAAGGUGAAUUCAAUAUAAAGUGUUUAUGUACAAAAAAGGCAACACAGGGAUCAACAAGGACUGUCAGUGGCACCAAAGAAAAGAACAUAACAAAACCCAACCCCCCAUUGACAGGUGCUUUGCACCGAAAAAGUACAGUGGGUGGUGCUCACUCUAACCUAGGGUAUUAACAACGGGUAAACCUACGUGUAUGAAAUAUGUAAACCCCAGGGUAUCUUACCUGUCCUUAUUGACCCUGUGCGCACAACAAAAGAAUUAACAAAGACAAAACUAAAGUAGGCUGCUAACAACUAAAGUAGUAAGGUUUAAACAAACGUGUAACAACUAAAGACAAUACAAUAAACCAACAAAGAAACCAAGCACUAGCAAGCACUAGCAAACACUAGCAAACACUAGCAAACAGAGCUCAACCAAAGCUCUGCCACAGCUCAAACCAAAGCACUCCCCCCUGACAAACAAACACAGGACUAUUUAAAGGGGAAUGGUUGAUGGGAGAUCUGGAACAGGUGUGGUGAUUUGGUGAUCGGGAUCAGGUGCGCACAUCUGAGAACUUGGAGAAUGAAAACAGGAGGAGGAGACAGAACAACAACACAAACAUACUACACAAAACAGAACACAAUACAUGUAGGCCUAUACCAUGUAUAACAUAUAAGACAUACAGAACACUGUACGUAACAACCAUGAUUGAGAUCUCAAACUCGGGAUAUCGGUCGUCUCGUCACGCUAAUAAAAACAAAUAAACCGCUAAUAAAAACAAAAAUAUCCGGGCAAAAACCUUUAUCUUGUCUAUUUUUUUUCAUUUGUAGUAUAUACUAUAACAAUAAUUCAGCUCAGGCUCCGUAAAUAUUGGGGAAUAGCCCCCUAACUAUUCACUUCGCCUUCGGCGAAUAAUUGUUAACUAUACAACACAUACCAUUCCGUGAUCAUCAUGGUGCUAGAGAUGUAUGUAGACACUGAAUACUGCUUGUACGUUAUGUAUAAUGUUGUGUAUAAUGGUAUAACGUUGUGCCCAAGGCGUAUGUAUAACGUUGUGUAUAAGGUGUGUAACAUGUAUUGUAUAAUGAGUGUAUACUGUGUGUGAACAGGAUCUCUGGCGGGGAGCUGUUUGAGAGGAUCAUCGAUGAGGACUUUGAGCUGACAGAGCGAGAAGUGAUUAAGUACCUGCUCCAGAUCGUCGAUGGGGUGAGCUACAUCCACAGCCAGGGCAUCGUCCACCUGGACCUCAAACCCGAGAACAUCAUGUGUGUCAACAAGACUGGCAGCAAGAUUAAACUCAUCGACUUCGGCCUGGCACGACGCCUGGAGAGUGCAGGGACCCUGAAGGUUUUGUUCGGGACCCCAGAGUUUGUGGCCCCAGAGGUCAUAAAUUAUGAGGCCAUCAGCUACCCUACAGACAUGUGGAGCAUAGGAGUCAUCUGCUACAUCCUGGUGAGCGGUCUCUCUCCCUUCAUGGGGGACAACGACAACGAGACACUGUCCAACGUGACCUCGGCCACCUGGGACUUUGAGGAUGAGGCCUUUGACGAGAUCUCUGAUGACGCCAAGGACUUCAUCACCAACCUGCUGAAGAAGAACAUGAAGGCCCGUCUGACCUGUGCCAGCUGUGUAGAACACCCCUGGCUGAAGCAGGACACCAAUACCAUGCAGGCUAAGAAGCUGUCCAAGGAGAGGAUGAAGAAGUACAUUCUCCGCAGGAAGUGGCAGAAAACGGGUCAUGCUGUGCGUGCGAUCAGCAGGCUGUCCUCCAUGGCCAUGCUGGCUGGAGUCAGUGCCAAGAAGGGCUCCCCGACAGAAGAGGACAACCAGUUCCUGGAGUGUCUAGAAUAUGACCAGAAGGUUGAGGGGAAGCCGACCUUCAGCUCCGUCAUGAAGGACGUGGAGGUGGUGGAGGGGAGUGCCGCACGCUUCCACUGCAAGAUAGAUGGUUACCCGGACCCGGAGGUGGUGUGGUAUAAGGAUGAUCAGCCAAUCAGAGAGACCCGGCACUUCCAAAUCGACUAUGAUGAGGAGGGCAACUGUAGCCUGGUCAUAUCUGAGGUGUCUGGGGAUGAUGAUGCUAAGUACACGGUGAAGGCGGUCAACAGUCUGGGAGAAGCCACCUGCACCGCAGAGCUCCUGGUGGAGGUGAUGGCUGGAGAGGAAGAGGAGGAGGAGGAGGAGGAGUAAACUAUGGAACCGUCAGGGGAGGAAGGUGUGCUGGUUCAGGUCUGAUCUUCCCAUGUCUCUCCUGCGGGAUCAGUCCAGACCUGAACCACAACCGGAAUCACAGACCCACUCACCCGGCUCAAAUCCACCCACCACCCAGCUCUACAACAAGGGAACUUGGGUCGGCUUAGCUCAGGAGGUCGAGCAGUUGCCUUGUAACCAAAAGGUUGCUAGUUCAAUUCCCAGCUCCUCCUAGCUGAGUGUUGAUGUGUCCCUGAGCAAGUCACUUAACCUUAACUGCUCCUGACGAGCUGGCUGUCACCUUGCAUGGUUGACUCUGCCGUCGGUGUGUCAUUGUGUGUAUGUGUCGCUUUGGAUAAAAGCGCCUGCUAAAUGCCCUAAUUGUAAUUGUAACUGGGUUGCGGGCUAUUUGAGCCAGGUAUAGUCACACCUGGGCCUACAGGUGUGCCUACAAGUGUGUCAACAGGUUUACCUAAAAGUGUGUCUACAAGUGUUCCUACAGGUGUGACUACAGGUGUGACCACAUGUGUGACUACAGGUGUGACUACUGGUGUUUGUGUUCCUAGUGUGAGGCCAGUGUCCUACAUCCCAACGGUAACCAUUUAUUGAUCCUUCCCACUUGGCGAACUUGGUCCGUUAGAUAUAUUUGAAUAAUGGCUGACUGAUUUAUCCACACCUCUCAAAUGAAUGGCGCUGUCACUUAGCUCAAAUUAAAGUUUCACUAUCUGGCACAUCAUUAUUCACUACUGGUAAUAGCAUUUCAAGCUUUUAUAAGUGGCUGGUGGCUGGUUUCAGUCCCCGCCACACUAUCCAAGUUGUGCCAGAUAGUCUCAACUCUGCAGGGGGCAGCAAAACCACGUUUCUUGAGAUACCCGACGAGACUAGACUAGACGACAAUCAGAGCCAACCUCAGCCCGUUCACCGCCCCCCCCACACACACACACACUCCUCCCCCAGAGGCAGACUCAUCAUGGGUAGGUUUUGUGGCCUUGUGGGUAGUGACCUUUGGCACAAACCAAAUGGUUUAUAAUAUCACCUUAAAAUCAAAUGUAGAAAUGAAUGAGGAUUGUUUAUGAAUAACGGGUCUUACGUUUGACUAUCACAAGGAUAACAGUGACGAAAAAGGUCUUCUAUGUUUCACUGCUCAGAGCCAUAGCUCUUCAGGACUUGUUUCUCAGCUUACCACUUUGUCUCUCAUCUUCUGACCCGUUGACUAUGUUUUUAUACAGUCAUGGAGUUAGUUCUUGCCAAGUUAUUAACCUUGAGCUAUAACUCUAAGCAUCGUAAGGGGGUGAGAACGUUUAGAGCUAGGGUUUGAGUUGGGUAGCAACCGUCCGACCCUUUAAAGGAGAUUAUGGGCUGUCCUCUGCCUACCACACACUAGUCAGCCAAACUACACUUCCCCAUGUGGUUAUCAGUGCCUACUUGGUUAGAGUUACUAAGUUUAAUACAUAUACAGCUAGCUACAAGCUCAGCAGCAAGCCUGCAGAAAGGAGUUUACCAAAAGGACCAUUUUGGAUCGCCAUGGAGAUCCCCCUGGUCUUUAGUGCGUGUCUGAUCCUACCUGACGUUUUCUGGGCAAAACUCUUAGAAAGUAGAUGUGCUUAAGUUAUACUUCAUUAUUUAAUGAUUCUACCACAAGAGAUUCAAACAAGCACAUUCCUUCCCAAGGAGUCCGGCCGUUGAAGUUUAAAAAUAAAACCCAGCAACCACCCAGGUUGAUCGAACCUUUGGAAGUUCUCUAGAUUACAGAACUAUAGCACAGACUAACUCAAGAGCUGUGUAUGGUGAGCUGAAGUCAUCCGAUGUGCCUGAGGUAUGACAUCGUCCAUGUGUCCCAGUAAUGCCUAAUGAGAUCCCCAUGGUAACGCCACAUUCCAGCGUAGCGUGGGCUCUGAACUUUAUUUAAAUGCUUUGAGUUCUGGUUUAGAUCCGUUUGGAAUGUCACAGGUGUUCUUGGUGUGAUCGUAUUACUCACUUUGGUUGACACAGACUGUUCAAUUGAUGUUAUAAAGAAGGAUUUAUUUUUUUGACUUAUUUAAGCACAGAUUUAUGAUAUGAUAUUAUCUGCUAAUUGUCACUGUUUGUUCCUGAUGUAUGUAGCCCGUGUUUUCAUCUGGCUUAUAGGAGAGCACCGUAACUGUACUUAUUCAGUUACUUAAUAAACUUAUUGUCACAAAACCAACAUCCCUGGUCCUCCUCUUGUUUAGAAGAUCCUCCAGAAGGAGUUUUUACUCUCACCAAAGAUGGAAAACAAUGUUUGGGGACCUGAACUCCAUGAAAGCAUCAGGUGUAAUAUUAGCUUUAUCCAACUACACUGUUGACCUAACUCUGUUAUCGUAUUAGCUUUACAAAUCAUCACUAAUGAGUUCCCAGGGAACCACUGUCCUCUCACUUCUCAUUAGGACCCCCUGUCUACUGACCACACAACCAGUGUACGUCAAUGAUGGGGGCUGCAGUAAACAGGAGGUCAUUAGGCCGCUCCCUCCCCUCAAGGGACUGCUGCCCCCAGAGGACACUCAUAGGGAACAAACAGCAUCUUAUUGCCUCCAUGACAGCAGGCCAUGGCUAUAUUUAGCAGACUGUGGCUUUGGACUAUUCCAAACCGUCUAAUCUAACCAACAAUAUUUUUUUCAUGCAAUGCAAUUUAAAUCAAUAAUCUUGUUUUUUGUUUUCUUAAGUUAGUAGCCGUUUGAUAAGGUGGAUCCUGUACAGCAAGCUUCGCAUUAUCGCAGAAUAAACUUCUUUAAGAUUAUUCAAGGGGAUAUUUCCCGAUAAUGACGGCUUGUUGUAAAUUAUUUGUCACUUGUUUCAAGUAUUUUAAUUCUGAAUAGCAAACCACUGCUAUGAAUAACAGGCCAUUGCUAUGGAAACAGUUCCAACCUUAGAAUCUAACUGCCUAAUCUUUUUAGAGAAAACAAUACAAUUAUUGUGAAACCACUGUAAGAAUUGUUUCUUGUUAUUUUUUGUGUAAGACAGUUAGCUGUAAGAUGACAAUAAGCUGGAUAAUAUACUGUGAGCUGGUCGUUGUUACAAAAUAAACUAAUAUUUCCUUAAGGCAAAAACAUUUAAAUCAACGCACCAUUCGGAUGACCAGGAGAACAAACAAUGAAAAUGCCCUACAAUUACAAUUACAAUUUUGUGACUGGUAAACCUUUACAACUUAUUUUAUUUCAAUUCCAACCUUGGUAAUGAAGUACUAUUUUUUACGGGACUGUCCACGUUUCUACAGACAGUAAGAAGGCAUAGAGCUAUGUAUGUAAGAUGCUUCCACUAUAAUCUACAGGACCUUGUAGUAACGACGUAGCCGAGCGUAACUGUUGGAUUUUCUCAUUUUCUAAUUCUCCUUAAUAUCUCUUCCUGACGUUUUCCAUUAAGGUCAAGGGAGGUGGUUAAAAAGAAACAGAGGACAUCAGUGUAUGUAAUAUUUGACCUGAGUCUUGGUGUCUUGAUUCUAAUAGGCGCCACCUGACCUUGAACAGGUCAAACGUCCCCGUUGAACAAGGGUUCAACGGGGGUUGUCCUCUGCCUACCCGCACCCAUGCUGACUAAAAAGAGCAAUAA